AAGGCAGCCUCCGCCGACGUCAGUGUGAAUGAAAAAGAAGCGCUCAGCUGCGAUCCGGGCAGAGGGAAGGCGUGCGGUCUGUCAAGCAGCGCUCCUGCACCGACACUUGCCAAGAGACCACAACCUCACAGAAAUCGAUCGGGACAACACGAAGUCGGGGGCUGUGUCAUUUUUCUUUGUUUUCUUCCCCCCCCCCCCAAUUAUGGCUGACCACCUUUUACAUUACAAUGACUCUGCCGGGGUCGGGAACCGAUUCGCCCGCAAAGGUGCUUUGCGGCAGAAAAACGUGCAUGAAGUGAAAAACCACAAGUUCACUGCCAGGUUUUUCAAGCAGCCGACGUUCUGCAGCCACUGUACAGACUUCAUAUGGGGAUUUGGGAAACAAGGAUUCCAAUGCCAAGUGUGUUGUUUUGUGGUUCACAAACGCUGCCAUGAGUUUGUCACCUUCUCCUGUCCUGGAGCAGACAAGGGCCCCGACACAGACGACCCCAGAAGCAAACACAAGUUCAAGAUCCACUCGUACGGCAGUCCCACCUUCUGCGACCACUGUGGUUCGCUGCUGUACGGGCUCAUCCACCAAGGGAUGAAAUGUGACACCUGCGAUAUGAACGUGCACAAUCAGUGUGUGGUCAACGUGCCAAGCCUGUGUGGGAUGGACCACACAGAGCGCCGGGGUCGUGUCUUUCUCAAGAUCGAGGUCAGCGGGGACAGGCUACACGUCACAGUGGGUGAAGCCAGGAACCUGAUUCCUAUGGAUCCGAAUGGUUUAUCGGACCCGUAUGUAAAACUCAAGCUCAUCCCAGACCCAAAGAACGAAACCAAACAGAAGACCAGGACCAUCCGUUCGUCUCUCAACCCCUGCUGGAACGAGUCCUUCACCUUUAAGCUGAAAGCAUCAGAUAAAGACCGCCGUCUGUCCAUUGAGGUGUGGGACUGGGACCGAACCACCAGGAACGACUUCAUGGGCUCCAUGUCAUUUGGAGUGUCCGAGCUCAUCAAAGCUCCCAAUUGUGGAUGGUACAAGUUGCUAAACCAGGAGGAGGGAGAGUACUACAACGUCCCCAUCCCCGAGGUGGACGACGUCAACCUGGAGCUCCGACAGAAGUUUGAGGCCUGCCAGUUAAAUAUCCACUAUCUGAAGAAAGCCAAGCUGGGCCAUGGUAAGAAAGUGAUCACGCCAUCAGACCACCGGCGGUUCAGUCUGCCCUCAGGUAACGUGGACCGGGUCCGACUCAGUGACUUCAACUUCCUGGCCCUGCUGGGGAAGGGCAGCUUUGGCAAGGUGAUGUUGGCAGAGAUGAAGUCGUCAGAGGAGCUGUACGCCAUCAAGAUCCUGAAGAAGGACGUGGUCAUCCAGGAUGAUGAUGUCGAAUGUACGAUGAUAGAGAAGAGGGUCCUGGCCCAGAGAGACAAGCCGCCUUUUCUCACGCAGCUCCACUCCUGCUUCCAGACUGUGGAUCGGCUAUACUUUGUGAUGGAGUACAUUAAUGGAGGAGACCUCAUGUAUCAUAUCCAGCGUGUGGGCAAGUUCAAGGAGCCGCAGGCAGUGUUUUAUGCUGCAGAGAUUGCUGUUGGUUUGUUCUUCUUGCACCGAAAGGGAAUCAUCUACAGGGAUCUGAAGCUCGACAACGUGAUGCUGGACUCUGAGGGCCACAUCAAGAUAGCGGACUUUGGCAUGUGUAAGGAGAACAUGUAUGAGUGCAUGACCACACGCACCUUUUGCGGCACUCCGGACUACAUCGCACCAGAGAUCAUAGCAUAUCAGCCCUAUGGGAAAUCCGUGGACUGGUGGGCGUAUGGAGUCCUCCUGUAUGAGAUGCUGGCAGGACAGCCACCCUUUGAUGGAGAAGAUGAGGAUGAGCUCUUCCAGUCCAUCAUGGAGCACAAUGUUUCCUACCCCAAGUCCAUGUCAAAAGAAGCUGUGUCCAUCUGCAAGGGACUGAUGACCAAACACCCAUCAAAGCGUCUGGGCUGUGGCCCAGAGGGGGAGAGGGACAUCCGAGAGCAGGCCUUCUUCAGACGCAUCGACUGGGAUCGCCUGGCCAACAGAGAGAUCCAGCCGCCAUUCAAACCCAAAGUGUGCGGCAAAGGAGCAGAAAACUUUGACAAGUUUUUCACCCGUACUCAGCCUGUGCUGACCCCUCCCGACCAGCUGGUCCUCGCCAACAUCGACCAGAGCGAGUUUGCCGGCUUCUCGUACAUCAAUCCACAGUUCGUCCCUCCGUCCCUGCACAGCGUGGUAUGAGGAGGGUGUGGGAAAGUUACAAAAAUCACGGACUGUCUGUGAAUACAGGACCCUUGCAAACUCCGACCAAUGCCCUGCUGUCAACCGACUCAUAUCCUUCUCUAAAGUGUUCUGUCUACUAGUUAUCGAUAUCGGUGUAAAGAAGUGACCGAGGGGAGAGGAGCUGAGGGUUAAAAGGAUGUGAGGUACAAUCUGAAGUGAGAGGCAAACAUGGCACUGAACUUCUCAUUAGAAUGUUCUCUCCUCUAAAUCUAUAUCUGUUUCUCCGAACCUGCAGCCGUCUUCUCCCGUAUGGAGGUGUCUCGUUGCCGGUUGCUCUCUCAUUAGGUAUUAAACAUGCAAGGUCCUUCUCAUCCCACUUCUCUUCCGCAUCCUUCUACGCAACAAGCUGCAAUGCAACACAGGAAUGGAACAUGUUUUUUCUGCUCUGUCUUGGCUUUAACUACUUCUGAACAGCUUCACGUGUAUAUUAUAUUUAUAUACUCAAAACAAAGAAGAGGUAGUAUACUGUUACGUGAGAGCCAGAGUAGAAGUGGGAGAAAACCUUUCUAUUGCAGUUCUUGUAGAUCUUGUGAUGUUGGGUUUUUUUCUCCUUCUGGCCUUCCCGACAGUGUCGACACAAUAAAACCCCUACACAGGCACCGCUUUGAAUCUGUUGUUUCGCAGGAUGUGGAAAUAUAAUAUAUCCAACUCUGUAUAGAGAAACAGAAGCACAUUUUGCUUACGGUUACAAGAUGUCCAGGUCUUUUCAGUGCAGUGGAAUUACGCCUACAGUGGGUGAAAGCAGGAUUAUAGGGUCAGACGACUGUGCAUUUAAGUAGAAAGAUGCACAAAAAGCAGAUCUCUGUUGCAUGCUUACUUUCUGACUGUGUGCGAGCCGUAGACUCUAGGAUGCAGUAAAUGUCUAUUGUAAAUUUUAGUAUUAUGACAUAAUCUACGUUGAUUAUUGUAUGGUUUGAGGAGUCUUACUCUGAAGAAGUUUCUAAUUGUCAAGGAAAAAGAGUUUUGUUCCUGUUUUAUGUUCCGCUUGAAUCAACUUUUGUGUCCCAUUGUAUGUCAGCCUUUUUUCUUUCUUCUUCUUUUGUAAAUAUGUUUCAAACGGGAUGUUUCAAAAAGAGAAGUUACUUGCAGAUUUUAUACUACGAACUGAAUGUGCUUUUAUUACCAUAGAACAUUUCUAUGUUUAGAUUACCCCCCGAGAAAAGAUAUAUAUAUAUAUAUAUAUAUAUAAAUAUAUAUAAUGUUUGGCUGAAUCUUUGGUAGCUUUGGUAUCAGCGAACCUCGUUAUAUGUAUUUCCACCAUUUAUCCAUUGUUUUCUACUUCUCAGUGUCAUAAAGAGAAUAUGCAGCACCUAUCGUGUGUGAAACAUUUGAAUGCCCUCUUGCCUUGGUCGUCUCAGGGCUGGACUCCUUCUGCAACCAGCAGAUUUCAAAAACCUAGUUGAUAGAAUGAGGAUGUCAAAAAAAACGUGUCUUUUCUCCAUAUGAUGUGUGCAUGCCAGAGGCAAGGCCUGAUCUAAGCAUGAGGAAGACCCCUGCAUGGCACAGAGAUCCCCGGUGUGGCGCAUGGCGUUUCCCCCCACCUCGAUGCACAGAAUGAGACAAAGCAGUCACACAAGCAUCGUUUGAUAUUCUCCCCAUCGUCUCUUCCCGCUCGCCAUCGUAUAGCCCGACCCUGUUUGGCUAAUAAGCUGAAUUUCAAACGGACAAAUAUGUGUAAAAUGUUGCUGUUGGCUUAUUGUUUCAUGGUGCCAAACUCUUCCUGUCAGGUGUGUCCACCAGUGGGCUGUUUUUCAGAAGGCUUCUACUGCAACACACAAAGCUACAGCUGUGAGGUUUUGUAAAACUGCCAAAUUUAGCUGUCGCAGCUCUUAACUACUGAACUAGUCACUUCACACGAGACUGCAGCUUGUCACAUCUGGACCAAAAUGAGAUUUACUUUAAAGCUCAAGAUAAAACUGAAUGUUUACAUGUCUCACAUUGAGAAUCUGUAUCGGAGGAAAGACGUAUAAAGAUGAAGACAAACAUCUUUGCACCCAUGACAGAGACAAUGGAACCUUAUAGGCCAGUCAGGGUUGAGCACCGCUGCAGGCGAAAAAAUCAGAGUUACGGGAAUGUUUCUGUGUUUCCUUUGACUGCCCCUGCUUUUGUUAACCUGAUUCUUCUUGUUCCUCUGUUCAUUGUAGUAUGAUGGAUACUGUGCAUAAAUAAAGUAUAAAAUCUA